GACAGUCUCUAUGACAACGCAGUGCAGGCGGGGUUUGCCGGCUGGAGGCAGAGUCAGUCGGUCCUCAGUGUGUGUCGCCGCUCCAAAUCUCCACACUGCAUCACGCCCUGAGUGGAAUGGAAGAAAAGGACAAUAAAGAAAAUGGGGAGUAUAUCGGAGAGAUAAAAGGUGGGCUGCGGCCUUCAAUGAAACUGGUUGUGAUGGGAAUUGUUGACAAAAAAGCCAAGAGCAUUGAGGUUACUCUUUCCACUAAGCCACAGGAAGAAGACACAGAGGCGGAUGUGGGUCUGCAGCUAAAGGUCAGCUUUAGGGAUAAGGCUGUCCAACGAAACGCCCGCUUGGAUGGAAAAUGGGGUCCUUCUGAAAAUACUCUCUCCUUCUUUCCUUUUGCACCUGGAGAAUCCUUCAAGAUGGAAAUAGUUUGUGAACACCAGCAGUUUCGUAUCUUGGUGGAUGGACAGCCUCUGUGCGGCUUCACCCACCGGCUCUCCCAGCUCGCCUCCCUCACAGCCUUACGAGUUUUUGGCGAUCUACAGCUCACCAAGGUGGCCUAACACCAGCGUCUCAUCCACAGAUAACUAACAUGAGGAUGCCCUGGGACAUUAGAAUAGAUCUACUUUCUGAGUGCAUAAAUUUUCCCAUGUGGGGGAUGUUGUGUUUCCAUUUUCAGACAAAGUUAUACCUGCCUCGUAAUCACGUGUUAAGACAAAGUGCCUUCACUAAGAUUACCUGUCUGGAGACUUGAAGUCAUCAAUCUCUCAAAUCAAAUGAGGAAUGUGAUUUUAACUGAAGCGAAUUAAGUUAUAAACAACGCGAUCUGAGCUAUACUAUUUUUCCUGAAUGAAUAUUUGUACAAACAUGAUGUGUUAUUUCAAAAAUUAAGUGUUUUGUGAUCUAAGAAAGAGAUUUCAGGCAUUUUGUCUUUAUUUCUCUGAGGUUAACCUUUGAAAGCACUUAUGUUUACGAGCGCCUGCAUGAAGACGAAUGUUUCCGAAACUGAAUACCUAACAAAGAUUGUCAUUCUGUGCCCGACUAAGUACUGUAACAGGCGUAAUAAUGUAAAAAAAAAAUAAUUAUUAGCCUCCAUUAGUGCAUGCCAGUGUCACAGUGUGCUUGUGUCCUGAUUAAACACAACGCUGGAAGGAUUAGAUCCUGUCCAACUUUUUGUUUUUUACACCAACUUUGGCUUUGAAAACACCCACCGGUUUGUGUGCUUCAUUUACAAUUAGCACUUUUUAUGUAAAUGUUUCAUAUUGACUUUAUUUCACUGCAAUAAAUCACCUUUGUUGUUA